AUGGUGAUGUGGUCCAAUCAAGACCAAGACAGCGACAGCGACGCGCUCGACCCCUACGCCCAGAGCGACGACGACGAGCCCUUCACUCAAGGUUCGGUGGCGGAUGACAGAGCAGGCAAGAGCAGGCAACACGAGCACGUGGACGCCAAUGCGGACAAGCUCCGCAUGAUCGACACGCUGUCGAGCAGGAAGGUCUUGCUGCGUGGGAAGAAGCGCUUCGCUCCGCACUGGGUGGGCAUCCGGUUCUUGGAGAAGGUCCUUGCCGUGUCUGAUACCGAUCCCGAUCCCGAUCCCGGUCCCGAGUCGAGUUCAACGGGGAUCCACGGAUCAGCGCAUCUGGUCAUUGAUACGGAGGCCAAUACCAAAGACGACCGCUUGCUCCGCUUCACAGCCUCUCAAGUCGAAACGGGACUCGCAAAUGGCUCUCUGCGCUACUUGUCGAAUCCCGACACGCUGCCUGCUCAUUCUUCUGCGUCGCAAGAGCAGACCGACACGGGAAAGACUAUACUGGAUGAUGAGCUGGGAGAGACCCAGUACCCAGGAAUGUCGACCUUCCAAGUCGAUCUCACAGAUUUCACACAGGGCUCAGCGGACGGGAGCAAGAGAGAGGCAGUCAGCGGUAUCCGCUCGCGUGCGCGCCUGAAGAUGGACGAGGAGGAUAAUCUGGAGCACAAAAGACUCCUAGCGGAACCUCCGAGCCGUGACCGUACGCUUGCGCUGAAGCGGCUGGGCAAUCGACGGGAGCGUGCCCAGAAGGCUCGAGACCGCGUGGACAGCGAUAGACGGGCUGCGGAAGAGCUAGGGCUCUUGGACGGCUAG